AUGAGCGGACCUGAUGGGAGACCAGUCUUACUCCCGCCCCCACUGCCAGACAGUGAUGGCAAGAUCCGUAGCACGCGGCAAGACAAUGCCUCUACAGGCGUUGGCGCCGCCCUUGUACGUGGUCUAAGUGCGCGGCUUCUAGCUCUCUAUUUCCGGGCUCCGAUCAAAGCCUUCUUCAAGACCAGGAUAGAUUAUAUGGGCUAUGCCAGGGCCAUAAAUCCCAAUGUCCAAGCUGGUCAGAAGUGGUCAUGGCGCAUGACCUCUCCAGCGCUACUGGCAUCAGCCAUCCACCGCCAUGGCUGGUCCUUUCUCCCGAACCAGGUUCUUCCGCCCUUGAUGGCGAACACGGUCGUUGGCGCAGUCCUUUACACUGCAUAUCUGCAAACUCUAGGCUUGCUUCACGAACCGUCCGCCCGAGCAACAAAGCGUACCGACCCGUUGCCGCCACCCACUCAUACGUUCGCCGCAGGCUUCGUGGCUGGAGCCUUUCAAAGUGUUGUUGCCGCGCCGUUAGAUGCUCUGCAGAUUCGCUUUCAAGCGAACGAGUUCCUCAGCGGCAAGUACGAGAAUAUGUGGCAGUACGCUUGGCGCAAAACGCGCGAGAUUGGUGCUCGCGGUAUCUUCGCUGGCUGGUCCUUGAGUCUCGUCCGCGACAGCUUCGGUAAUGCCGUCUUCUUCAGCACGUUCGAGUACAUCAAGGGCCAAGCUUUCUACAGCUUCGUCAGCAAUUGGUAUGGCACCUAUGGCAGCUUGACCGGAUUCCAAAAGGAUGUUCUUCGAUCGCAGCGCAACAAGGAUGGGAGUCAGGUGACCAGUCCUGCGAUAACACCGCAUUACAUGAUCGAGCCGACUUUCAUCUUGCUUGCUGGCGUUGCGGCUUCCGUGGCCCAGGCGCUGAUUCAGUACCCCAUCAGCCGCAUACAGGAGGUGCACUAUGGACGCCUCGAAUGGAUCGAUGCACAUCCGCACAAGAACAAGCCGAAUAAGCUAAGCCGUGCUGGUGGCGCGCUGGGAAUGUACGUCAGCGCUUAUCGCAAGACCUUCAAGCAAUGUCUUGCUGUUGCUCGCCGUCAAAAUGGGCUCAGACAUUGGCUGUACAAGGACUUUCUAAUGCGUACGAUCACCCAAGUUCCCAGCACAAGCGCGGGUUUGAUCGUCUUCGAGGUAAUUAGGCGGAAAUAUGGUGACAAAUCGGACAUUGUGAAGAUCAACAAAGAUGGUUAUGACAUCCUUUUAGUGUGA